AUGGGCCUCCAGAGCACCAAGCACUCCAAAGCCAAGCAAGUUAAUAUACUCAUGUUAGGGCUCGAUUUUGCGGGAAAAUCUACGCUGCUGUACAAGUUCAAGUGCGACGACGUUUUUCUAACAAGCCCAACAAUCGGUUUCAAUGUCGAUAUGAUCGAAACGGGGACAGGUUUUACACUGACGCUUUGGGAUGUUGGAGGACAACAGAAAAUGAGACAGGCCUGGUGCAAUUUCCUGGAAAACGCCGACGGACUGCUGUAUGUUGUGGACAGUUCUGACAAGCGCCGCCUGGAAGAAUCAAAGAAAGAAUUUGAGCUCAUUUUAAAAAAUGAAUUUAUAAAAAGUGUGCCGGUCAUCGUGCUAGCAAACAAGCAGGAUUUGCCGGGAGCUUUGAACGCUGAGGAAGUGACCAGGAGACUCAAGAUGAAGAAGUAUUGCAGCGACAGAAAUUGGUACGUACAACCCUGUUGUGCUGUCACAGGAGAAGGUUUGUCAGAGGCUCUCCAAAGACUAACCACGUUUGUGAAACAGUACGGCAGAUCAAAAGGAACUUCUACAAUCUUUAAGGAGAUCGAAGCACUUUAA